UAAAACCAGCGGGUAACUGUCAACUUGUCCCCCCACUUUGGCAAACCUCCACCUUCCUCCUUCCCAUCUCACUCUCUCCAAGUCCAAACAAGCAGACGCCUGGCCAGACACCAAGCUCCUAGAGAAUUCAUCCCACCCGUCCUCCUUCCAUUCUCAAGAUCACUGCCAUUGCGCUCCCGCAAUUCGCUGCUCUCGCAAGCUAUAGUAUUCAUCAUCUCCAUGGCAAGCGAGGCGACGCUGCACUUCCUCGCUCUGGCUUUCCUCUCCCUCCUGCGCUUCUCGACCCCCUUCGCUCCCUCCGACAAUUACCUCCUCAACUGCGGCGCCUCCGCCAACGCCUCGCUGGACGACCGCGUCUUCGUGGGCGACUCGGCGAGGCCCGGCUCGCUUUUCCUCGCGAGGGGCGAGUCCGUCUCGCUCGCCGACCAAAACCCUCCUCUGAAUUCGUCGGUUCUCUACCGGACCGCGAGGGUCUUCUCUAGCGCCUCGUCUUAUGAGUUCAAGAUCAACGAGAGCGGCAUUCACUUGGUACGUUUCCACUUCUCUCCCUUCGAAGCUCCGAAUUUUGACUUGAAGGUUGCGGCUUUCGGGGUUUCGGUUGGCGGGUUUCCGGUCUUGAGUAAUUUUAGCACCAGAGUGACUGUUCUCAGAGAGUUCAUUAUCUAUUUAAAGGAGGGGGAUCUUGAAAUUAUGGUUAGCCCGAUGAGGGGUUCCGGUUUUGGGUUUGUUAAUGCGAUCGAGGUGCUUUCAGCUCCAGAGAACUUCAUUGUCGAUGUGGGAGCUAGAUUGAUUACGGCCGCUGAGAUCCAAGAGUAUAAGAACUUAUCGUUGCAGGUUUUAGAGACAAUUCAUAGGAUAAACGUGGGUGGUCCUAAGGUGACUCCAUUCAAUGAUACAUUGUGGAGGACUUGGAUCCCUGAUGAUGAUUAUCUGAUCUUCAAGCCAGCUGCAAAACCUGCAGAGGCCACCGACCCGCCACACUACCAAAAAGGAGGUGCAACCCCUGAGAUAGCUCCAGAUAGCGUCUAUAUGACUGCUCAGCAGAUGAAUCAGGAUAAUUCAAGUGUAAACGGGAAGUUUAAUAUCACCUGGGAGUUUCCUGUGAGUUCAGGUGAUGGUAGGUACUUGGUCCGACUGCAUUUCUGCGAUAUAGUAAGUCGUGCUCUUAAUCAACUCUACUUUGAUGUGUAUAUAAAUGGGUACUCUGCCUACAAUAACCUGGAUUUGUCAGUUCUUACGUAUCACAUGCUUGCUUCUCCUUACUACAUCGACUUUGUUGUGGAUUCCGAUAGAUCAGGGGUUAUGCACAUAAGUGUUGGCCCUUCUGAUCUAAGCAACCCGAUGAGAAUUAAUGCUAUUCUGAAUGGGGCCGAGAUAAUGAAGAUGAUGGGCUAUGUGACUGCAUCUUCUGGAGCACAUAAGAAAAACGUCUGGGUGAUUGUGGGUGCUACUGUUGGUAGCUUUGGUGUUAUGCUUCUAUUGGUAGUGGGAAUUCUGCUGGCUUUGAAGUGCAAGAAGAAAAAACCGAAACGGAGGCCUUCAGAAAGUGUCGCCUGGACACAGUUACGUGUUUAUGGAGGCAGUUCACAAAGCAAAACAUCUGUGGGCACUCUCAACACCUCUCCAGGCACAAAUGGAUACCUCAGCUUAAGGAUACCUUUUGUUGAUGUACAGCUGGCGACCAACAACUUUGACAAGAAUUUAGUCGUCGGUUCAGGCGGAUUUGGUAUGGUUUAUAGAGGUGCUCUUAAGGAUGGCACCAAAGUUGCUGUAAAGAGAGGUGUGCCUGGAUCUAGGCAGGGUCUUCCUGAAUUCCAGACAGAAAUUACUGUUCUAUCAAAAAUCCGGCACCGCCAUCUUGUUUCACUUGUUGGGUUUUGUGAAGAACAGUCAGAAAUGAUACUAGUGUAUGAGUAUAUGGAGAAGGGUUCAUUGAAAAGCCACUUGUAUGGAUUAGGACUCCCGCCUCUGUCCUGGAAGCAACGCCUUGAAAUAUGCAUUGGCGCAGCGAGAGGCCUUCACUACCUUCACACAGGUUCAGCACAAGGAAUAAUUCAUCGUGACAUCAAAUCGACCAAUAUUCUACUCGAUGAGAAUCAUGUGGCCAAGGUCGCUGAUUUUGGUCUUUCGAGGUCUGGUCCAUGCCUUAAUGAGACACAUGUGAGUACUGGUGUGAAGGGUAGUUUUGGUUAUCUCGAUCCAGAGUAUUUCCGAAGACAACAGCUUACGGAUAAAUCAGAUGUAUACUCAUUUGGAGUUGUGCUUUUUGAAGUGCUUUGUGCUAGACCAGCCGUUGAUCCAUUACUUGCGAGGGAGCAGGUGAAUUUAGCUGAGUGGGCAAUGCAGUGGCAGAAGAAGGGAAUGCUAGAACAAAUUGUGGAUCAUCAUCUUGCUGGACAGAUCAAACCCAGCUCUUUGAAGAAGUUUGGAGAAACGGCUGAGAAAUGUCUUGCCGAAUAUGGAAUUGAUAGGCCAACCAUGGGUGAUGUUUUGUGGAAUCUGGAAUAUGCGCUACAGCUUCAGGAAAAUGGUCGGGUAAGAGAGCCUCAUGAAGACAGUGAUGCAAUUGAUUCAGGGCUACCAUCUGCCGGAUAUGUACCAGGAAUUCCACCCAGUGAUGUGGGGAUCCGAGAAGAUGAUGGUGAUGGUAGUUCUGACAUAUCGACAACCCGAGUUUUCUCACAGUUAAUCACUAACGAAGGGAGAUAGCUCUUACCUCUUGCUCCAACAUAGACACCCACCCAUACGGAUGUUGUCAUCCUUCUUAAGCAGGCACAUAUGAUGAACAGCACAAAUAUGAAGUCUCCCUCAUACUUUAUGUCAUAUUGAUUGAUUUAUGUGGAUUUUUAAUCCGUGUUGUAUUUUUAGAUCAUCACAAUAUCUUCUAUAUGAACCAAAAUGGAAGUUCAUGACCUAUUGCCAAUUCUUGUUUACUGCACGUGAUCGAGGAACUGAUGUAUACUACAUGGUUAACUAAGCAGCAUUAUAGUCUUUAUUUGCCCA